GGACGAAGAUGGGGAAGAGCUCAAGGAAAAGGUGUGAUGUAUCACCCCAAAACCAGGCGUCACAGAAGACACCGAAACGGACACGGUACACUUGUUUCCAGAGACCUAAUGUUAGGAACCCAAACAAACAAAUAUGUGUAGUAAGGGUCCCCAAAGGGGUAAAGCAGCAGAAAAGCUGGAGGCAUCCAGCAGCCAGCCCUCAGCCACAGAGACCCCCAGUCCAGGACCACACUGCUCAACACACACCUGCCCAGCAUAUUACCAGGGUCAAUGAAUUGGACAUCAGCAGCUGCCAGUGUCUCCAUAGCGGAGCUUACAUUGGCAAUGAGACAAGCAGCAUCGAAUUCAAACAAGGCACAGGAAAUUAUAUGGCAAAGAAUUUCAGCUAUCAGGUCUUGAAGUAUGGCUGUGCCUUCCUGAACAGCGGGGGAGGGAGUCUGCUGGUCGGGGUGCAGGACAACGGAGUGGUCUGUGGACUGCUCUUCGACCAUGAGAAGGAGGACCAGACCCGCCUCCAGGUGGACGACAUGGUCAAGGAUUUCGAACCUCCGCUCCUUCCCCACAACUACAGCUUGCGCUUCCUGCCUGUGAUAACGCCUGGUAAUCAACAACACUGCCUCAAGGUGCUGUGCAUCACCUUCCAAGUGUCUCCGGCCUUCACCGAACCAACUCUCUAUCGGGUUCUCCAGGACCAGGUGUACGUAAGGCGGAAUGGGAGUGUGCAGGGGCCCAUGGGUGCCUCCUUCAUCCUGGAGUGGUCCAGACAGGUGUGGGCGGGAAAGGUGGAGCAGCUGAAGCAGCAUGUGUGCGAAGCGACAUCCGAGAGGAGUUCCUUAGCCAUGCAGCUCCACACGUUACAGAAGACUGUCAAUCAGAUUGCAGCAGAUUGUAGAAUCGCUGCUGCAGAGCGCUUCAGUCAGGCGGCGGCGCAGGAGGAGCAGUCAACCCUCAACAGCCAGAGCUCCCCUGCCUCGUGUGAGAACUGCAGACGCCAGACCAGCUACCAGCCCGAUCUGGGCCUGGGAUCCACUCCACCUCCAGAACUGAGCCACGUAUGAGCUCAUCUGGCCGUAGCAAAAUAAAAACAAUGAAGCAAAGAAAAGU